AUGUUCGAUCUUGAGUCUUUUAAUAAAAUAUUGUUUAACCAAGAGUCAGGUGUUAUUUUUGCUAUUUGUUCAAAUUUAAUUUAUAAUAUUAAUGACAAAGAAUGCAUUAAGAAUGCAGAAAUUUUAAUGAAAUAUUUUCAUGCACAUGGCAGAUUAGAAGAAUUAAUUAUUUGGGCAUUUAAUAAACAAAUUAUUACAAAAGAAAACAAUAAAAGUUAUGUAAAUAGUUUAAUGACAUUAGUUAAAUUAUUUCAUAGUGUUCAUGACCAUCAAUCAGAAAUUUUAAAUAAAUUUUCUCCAUUCUUUAUUCAUUUAGUAAAAAUUAUUUUUAAGAGAAUUGACCAAUUGGUUGAAGAUAAAGAAGGAUUAAUUAAAAAUGAUAUCUUCAAUGUGAUGGUAAGAAGUAUCUUUAAUAUUGUUUCUAAUGAUAUUGGAUUUUUUAAACAAAUUGUUGGAAUUGAUUUUUAUGAAAGAAAUUCAAAAGUUUUAACAUUUAUUUCUCAAUUAAUUACAAGAGUUGUUGGUGUUAAAACAACUGAUAAUGAUAUUCUUGCACACCAACUAAGAAGCAUGUUAAAUAAAGAAGUUGAUAUUGAUAAUUUAUUAUUAUCUAAACAUAUAAUGAAUAGUCCUGAUGAUGAUAGUUGCAGGUUCAUUGAAUUAACACCAGAAAUUGUUAUUGACAUAGUUAUGUUAAUGAAAACAAAUGCACUUCCAAUGAAAAAAUAUUUGAAUAAUAGUAUUAGUUCACAAAUAUAUCAAUCAUUAGAAUUUUUUACAAGUAAUAUUGAUGAUUAUUAUACAUAUGAAAAUUUAAUUCAUUCAUUAAAUCAAUUUGUUCAUGAUUAUUAUGUACAAUUAUAUAUCAACGUAGGACAGGCUGAUAAAAUUGAAGAGCAAUUUUAUCUAAUAAAGGAAGAAUAUGAUGAAAAGUUUUUUGAAUUAGAAGAAAAGAAGAGAAAGAAUCAAUUAUUGUUAGAACGAUUAAAUGAACUUAAAAAAAGAAAAGGGAUUCUUGGAAUAUCAAAAGAUUGUUUAAAAUCAUCAAAUCUUUCUUUAAAUUCAAAUGAAUUAAAAUCAAGUCAAAAAAAGAAAACUUCUUUAUAUGAUUCUUCUCUUAAAAAUAUGUUUGAGAGUAUGGAAAAAAAACAUAAAGAAAGAAUAGAGUCACUUAAAGAAAUAAGAGAAAAACGUAUUGAACAAAUGAGAGAGAAAAAGAAACAAAUAAAAAAAGAGUGGAGUUCAAAUUGGAAGGAGUUUAAGGAAAUUCGUGAAGAAGAAAAAAGAAAGAAAGAACUUAAGAAAGCACUGAAAAAAGAAAAAAGAGAAGAAAAGAAAAGAAAAAAAGAAUUUGGAGAUUUAACAAGUGAAAUAUCAAGCAUAUCUAUGAGCACUUCUACAACAAAUUUGAGAGAUAAUAGUUCUGAAAUUAAUUAA